AUGGCCUCCGGGAGACGCUCCUUCGCAGGCGCCCUUUUAGCCAUGGCGCCCGCUCCCUGUACGCUGCAUGGCACCGCCGCCGGCGCGACGCAGUCGUCGCCCCCUUCCUCACGCAUGCGGUCCCCAUACGCGGGGCCAUCCGUGCACGGCACACGUCCGCUCCGACAACUUUCUUAUUUUAUUCUGUGUUGUGACAAGGAAUCGGACUGGAGGGUCGUCAUCCGCAGACGACGCACAAAAGAAGUUGGGAUUUUUGCAGAGACG